CUCAGUCUUGGAAGUGGCAGGUUGAACCAAAGAAAGGCAACACCUGAGAGGUGUAUAUAUUCAAAAGCCGCCUCUCCUAGCUCCAGAGAGGAUGGCAACGAUGAUGAAGACUUUCUUCCUUGCCUCUUUGCUGGUGGCUGCUGUGUGCCUAGAGAAAGGACACUCCCUCCGGUGCUUCCACUGUGCAGAUGCAUCUUCCAACUGGGACUGUUUCAAGACACAGAUGUGUCCAGCAACGGACAAAUUCUGUGUCACAACAAUCAUCGCCGCAGGAAGAGGUCAGAGUGACGAACGACAGAUCAACAAGGGAUGUUCUUCCAACUGCACAGAGCGCAAGGUGGACACCGGCAUAGCAUCUGUUUCUACAAAAUGUUGUUCUUCCAGCCUUUGUAAUGUUGACGGACCAUAGCUUCAUAGGACUCUAUGGACUUUGGGUCUCAUCCAGUGGGGCACAUCUUUAUGCUCCCAGUCUCCAACCCUUU